UCUCUUGCCUUGCGUUUCAGUGAGGUGCUGGCGGAGGAGUCCAUAGUGUGUCUCCAGAAAGCCCUGACACACCUGCGGGAGAUAUGGGAACUCAUCGGGAUCCCGGAAGAUCAGCGGCUGCAGAGAACCGAGGUAGUGAAGAAGCACAUCAAGGACCUCCUGGAUAUGAUGAUUGCUGAAGAGGAAAGCCUGAAGGAAAGGCUCAUCAAGAGCAUCUCUGUUUGUCAGAAAGAGCUGAAUACCCUGUGCAGCGAGUUGCACGUGGAGCCCUUCCAGGAAGAAGGGGAGACGACCAUCUUGCAGCUGGAGAAGGAUUUGCGCACUCAGGUAGAACUGAUGCGGAGACAGAAAAAGGAGAGAAAGCAAGAACUGAAGCUGCUCCAAGAACAAGACCAAGAGCUGUGUGAGAUUCUCUGCAUGCCCCACUAUGAUAUCGACUGCGCCCCGGUUCCCACCUUAGAGGAGCUGGGCCGGUUCAGGCAGCACCUGAAAACUUUGCGCGAGACCAAGGCGUCCAGGCGGGAGGAGUUCGUCAGCACGAAGAAGCAGAUCAUACUGUGCAUGGAAGAGCUGGAUCACACGCCCGACACGAGCUUUGAGCGCGAUGUUGUAUGUGAAGACGAAGAUGCUUUUUGUUUAUCGCUGGAGAACAUUGCAGCACUGCAGAAGCUGCUGCGGCAGCUGGAAAUGCGAAAAUCACAGAAUGAAGCAAUAUGUGAGGGGCUGCGUGCUCAGAUCCGAGAGCUCUGGGACCGGCUGCAGAUACCAAUGGAAGAGAGAGAGGCUGUGGCCAACAUUAUGGCCGGGUCAAAGGCCAAAGUCAGGGAGGCGCUGCGGCUAGAAGUGGAUCGGCUGGAAGAACUGAAGAUGCAAAACAUGAAGAAAGUGAUUGAGGCCAUUCGAGUGGAGCUGGCUCAGUACUGGGACCGCUGUUUCUACAGCCAGGAGCAGAGACAGGCUUUCACGCCUUACUAUGAUGAGGACUACACGGAAACGCUGCUCCAGCUCCACGAUGCUGAGAUUGUGCAGUUACGGAGCUACUACGAGGUGCACAGAGAGCUCUUUGAGGGCGUCCAGAAGUGGGAAGAAAGCUGGCGGCUCUUCCUGGAGUUUGAGAGAAAAGCUUCCGAUCCAAGUCGAUUCACAAACCGUGGAGGAAAUCUUCUAAAAGAAGAAAAGCAACGAGCCAAGCUCCAGAAAACACUCCCUAAGCUGGAAGAGGAGUUGAAGGCGCAGAUCGAGAAGUGGGAGCAGGAGCACUCCAAGGCGUUUGUGGUAAAUGGGCAGAAGUUCAUGGCAUACGUGACGGAGCAGUGGGAGCUGCAUCGGCUGGAGAAGGAGCGAGCCAAGCAGGAGAGGGUGAGUGGACACAACUUGGGGAGCCUCGGGGCCAGCGCUGCCCUUCCCAGCUCGAGGCCCAGGGUCCGGCCCCACCCAGACCCGCUCUCCAAGCCAGCAUCGCACCUGGUGUUCACACAGCAACUGAAGAACAAGCAGCAGACGGAGACGGAGAUGCUCUAUGGCAGCACCCCCAGGACGCCUGGCAAGCGCCGAGGGCCGGUGCCCAGCACACCCGGCAAAGUGCGCAAGCUGAACACGACCACCAUGUCCAACGCCACAGCCAACAGCAGCAUUCGGCCCGCCUUCGGGGGCACCGUCUACCGCUCUCCCGUGUCUCGACUCCCACCUUCUGGCAGCAAGCCAGGCACUUCCACCUGCUCGGCGAGAAAGACACCCCGCGCCGGCAGGCACGGCGCCAACAAGGAGAACCUCGAGCUCAACGGCAGCAUCCUGAGCGGUGGGUACCCCAACUCGGCCCCCCUCCAGCGCAACUUCAGCAUUAAUUCUGUUGCCAGCACCUAUUCUGAGUUUGCGGUAAUUCACCUUUUCUAGUAUCCACCAGUCUCGGGGCACACAGUUGGGGCAGAGAGGGUGUCCCCAGGCGAGCUAGGACAGCCGCGGAGGCCAAGAAUCCCUUUCCUGCCUUGACUGGCCGAGGCCGGGGCGGGGCGGGGAGGCGGCAGACACCGCACACACGGCCCGGACCCACCGCCCUGGACUCUCCUGGCGGAGUCCCGGUCACUGUCUCAAUUCUCUGCUCUUAGAAGGACCCACCCUCCCCGACAGCUCCUCUGUGGGGCCCCAGGUCUGUGUGGCACCCUGUGUCCCCCCUGGGGACCCGCCUGUCUCCACCGCGCUCAGCGUGCUCAGCCUGUGUCACGAAGGUGGCGGGACUCCCCACGGGCCUGAGCGCGACCUGUUGCUCCAUCUGACAAGAGCCUGACCAACCUGCUGCUGAACAGGAAACUUGUUCAUGCUCGAGUUGGGGUCUCAGAAACACUAGGCCUGACUCCCAGUGGGGCUAUGUUGUUUCAGCUCCCUGGUGGUGACACCAGAGGCAGAGUGGCGACCCCAUCACGUGGGGGCCGCCGCUGACCCCUCCCUGGAGCACAGGCCUCCCACCUUGGGCUGCUGCGGCCAUACCUGCUCCAGGUGAGCGGCGCUCGCCCCCUCGCCCCGCCCUGUUUCCGCUACACUGAGCUGCUUCCGCAGCCAGGGGCACUGCAGGAAGUCAUCGCCCAAAUGCUCUUUAGCUCCCACCCCCGUCCACGCUGACGAAGCCUUACUGCGGAGCCUCGACAAGGUGUGUCCUCCCUCUCUCAGUGAGCCAGUUUAGUUUCCUGAGAGCCGCGGCUGCCCCCCCCUUGGGUGACGUGGGGCAGACUGAGCUAGCGCCAGCGCCUGCCGCUGCAGUGACGGGGACAGCGCUCACCCGAGAGCCAGAGCCAGCUCCUGUCCAGCACGUCUCCCGCGUGACGCCGGUGCAGCUCUGUGCAGAGCGCUGCCUGUCGCCAGGCUGACGGUGGGCAGAGGCCUGCUGUCCACGGCCCGCCUGGGGCUGCGGCAGAUACCCCAGGCAGCGCCACAGCCAGCACGCGCGCCUCACUGGCCGUCCUGCACCUGGCGCUCCAGCAGGAGCUCAGCGAGCAGUGAGGCCCUCGCCCCCCUCCCCCGGUCACAGAGGGCUGAGCCCAGAGCUGGUCCUGCCCAGCCGGACAAGGCGGGAGACUUGAUGGCGCACAGGGGCUUCUCGCCUGAGGGCUAGGGACCAGUGGGCUGGGGGUGGGGCUGCAGGCACACGCUGCCUCAGAGGAGGGGGCCGAGCCCCCCAUCCUGACAGCCUGUGCUGGCCUGUCUUGGCAAGCCCUGCGGGCCCUGUGCUGGGCCCGCCCCGGGGCGGGCUUCCUGCGGGCAGGGUCACUGACUGACUGUCUUCCAACAGCGAGAACUUUCAAAGGCUUCCAGAUCUGAUGCUACUUCCCGAGUCCUCAAUUCGACCAACAUCCAGUCCUGAGACGCGCUGGCGAGCCCACUGUGGCUUCUGGUGCCAGACGGGCCUGGCUGCGCAGGGCUGCCCUCUGCACUCGGGGUGCCGGACACCGGACAAGCACCACCACCGCGGGCCUGCGCAGCAUGAGCAUGGGCGCCGCGAGUCCCCAAGGACUCGGCUUUAUCUUCACUCAAGAAACAUGUUCAAAGUCAGCCCAUAGCAGUCGCUGCAGAUGUCAGCGCACGGAGCCGCUUUCUGCCCCGCUCACUCGCUCCAGCGCACCCCAGGCCGCCUGCAGCCCACCCGGGCAAGAGGCUGCAGAGCCCACCUCGGGGUGGGCACCACGCGCGUGCACCCGGUCGUCGGCCGCGCUUCCCCCUGGCUCUGGGGCUGCCCCAGGAGGUCCGCCUCGCCCCUGACCGCCUCAGUAAGGCGCCUGGGCUGCGGCCGUCCCCGGGCCAGCCCACUCCCGCCCUGCGGUCGCCCUGCAGCCGCGUCGGGCACCGCGGCCGGGUUGGGCACAACUGGCCCGGAGAGCCAGAACUUUGCACACGACAUGCGGGUGGUCCCGCCCCCCCACGACACUACUGCACCCCCCAGCACUAUUUAUUCCCCCACGCCAGCCCCUGGAGCGGUUAGCAGCUCGCCAGAGGCUCUGGCAGGGGCAGGGCUGACGGGCCUGUUUUUAAAACUGCAUUCUUGAAAAUAAAAUACGCGCA